AUUUAUAAUAUAUCGCAAUAUCUAUUAAAAACAGGCGAAUCCUUAACAUAUGACCCGUCAUUCAAAGGACCCAUAAAAAGCCGAAGUUGUACUGAUAUUCUAUGUCUACUUGUUUUCAUUGCUUUCAUCACCGGUUGGAUAAUAAUCGCGAUUUUAGGGUUUAUUAGUGGAAAUCCAGAGAAAUUAAUAUAUCCGACAGACACUUAUGGCAACAUAUGUGGCCGGGGAGAUUAUCGUGAUAAGCCGUAUUUGUUUUUCUUCAAUUUAUUGAAAUGUGCCAAAAACAUAAACGAAAAUAUUUUUGAUAGAUGCGAUACACCCCAGGUCUGUGUGUCUCAGUGUCCGGACCAAACAUUUUCUUUGUAUCAUUUGACUCAAUUGGAUGCUAAUUACAAGAACUCAAUAAUAUGUAGAUAUAAUGUGAUCCCAACUAAUGAUAAUUUCCAACAACUCAUAAAAGAUGACAAAUGCGCCGGAAUUUACUUCAAGAGCGAGCCCUUCGGGGGGCGUUGUAUCCCAUCAUUGCUCUCAAUGAACGGCAAGAAUGUGAUCGACGAGAAGAACAAAGGGGUGACGCUUUCGGACGACGAGAAUACUGCCAUCGAUUUGGAGAGAAUUAAAAAAACAAAUCAGGGACUGGCGUUAGCUAUGAUUGUAUCAUUUGCAUGGAUUGUAUGCAUGCAAUGGUUCGCACAAAUCAUGAUUUGGUUUUCAUUACUGGCAGUUGUGGUCCUCAAUGCCUAUGGACUUUAUUAUUCACUUAAUCGCUAUAAAGAUUUAGGUGAAAGUGAUGACAAUAGGAAUGACACAUUAAAUGCAAACCAAUAUAAUUUCCGGAAAUCAAUGGACACAGGAUUAGACUCAUAUCUAACAAAUCGCAAAACUUGGUUUGCAUUCAGUAUAAUCUGUGCCUUAAUAUUAUUUGUUAUGAUUUUAGUCUUAUUAUAUUUACGGAAACGUAUCAAAUUAGCCAUUGCACUGAUAGAGGAGGCCAGUAGGGCCGUCUCGUGUGUCAAGUCUUCGCUAUUCUUUCCCAUCAUUCCAUAUAUUCUGCAAUUAAUUGUAAUCUGUUUCUGGGGUUCAGUCGCUAUUAUGAUCGCAGCCUCUGCUCGGGCUAACUAUCGUGACCCUCAGACUGGGCAGGAAUGCACUCCCAAUUCAGAUCCCAACCUAAGCUCAAAUACCAUUACAAAGAAAUGUAUUUUUAUAAAAUAUUAUGAGGACAAUGUUAUAAUGGCAGCUCAAGCCUAUAACUUAUUUGGACUUCUUUGGGGACUAUUCUUUGUAAUAGGAAUUGGUCAAGUAAGUCUUGCGGGUGCUUUUGCCUCAUAUUACUGGGUAUUUAAGAAACCAAAAGAAGUGCCAUUCUUUGCUGUUUUCGGUGGUUUUUAUCGCUGUCUCAGAUACCAUAUCGGUUCAGUAGCAUUGGGUUCACUACUUAUAGCAACGGUUCGAUUCAUUAGAAUUAUUAUUGAAUAUAUCGACAAGAAAUGCAAGAAAUAUGCCAAUAAUUGCAUUGCAAAAGCAAUUGUUUGUUGUCGGUGUUUCUUUUGGUUAUUGGAAUCGUUUAUGAAAUUCAUUAACAAAAAUGCAUACAUAAUGAUCGCAAUCUAUGGCAAAGGCUUCUGUAGCUCAGCAUCCAAUGGGUUCUCUCUGAUACUGAGGAAUGCCACUCGAGCCGUAGUGUUGGACAAAGUGACAGAUCUGUUGCUAAUAAUCGGCAAAUUGACGGUCACUUCCAUUGUAGCCGUCCUUUCAUUCUAUGUUUUUACUCAGAAAUUUGAAUUCAUCUCAAUUCCUAGUCUACAUUAUAAUUGGGUUCCUAUAGUUGUCAUAACAAUUGGCACUUAUCUCAUUGCCAGCAGUUUUUUCAGCGUUUAUCACAUGGCAGUCGACACACUAUUCUUAUGUUUUCUUGAAGACUGCGAACGAAAUGAUGGCUCACAAGAGAAACCCUAUUAUAUGUCUCGUAAUCUGAUGAGAGUUUUGAGCAAAAAGAAUAAGACAUGAGUUUUAUCUCGUUUUUAGUAUUUAUUUUAAUCUCAUUUUAUAUAAGUUUUUUUUUAAACAUUUAA